GACAGAUGUGGGCGACUGGAGCAACUCUGAAAGAGGAUUAAGCAGUCACUUAUAUUUCCUGGGAUACUGCACCUGGGCACUGCCUUUCACAAAUGAUGGAUUUCCAUUUUGCCCCUGAAGAUUAACUGAAUUUUGUCAGGUGGACUUGAGCAAGAUGGAGAACAACACAACCACCUUUCAGGAUGUCAGUCGGGUUGUAAAUCUGACAGAAAUGCCUCUGAACCCUCUUGAAGAACAAGUCAUAACUAUAUUUUUGACCAUGCUCAUUUGUGGAGUUGGGAUUGCUGGGAAUAUCAUGGUGGUGCUGGUUGUUCUGCGCACUAAACACAUGGUGACCCCGACUAACUGUUACCUUGUCAGCUUGGCUGUCGCAGACCUCAUUGUGCUCCUGGCUGCAGGCCUGCCUAAUAUCUCUGAUGUUGUAGCCUUCUGGAUAUAUGGCUACACGGGAUGCUUGUGUAUAACUUAUCUUCAGUACCUGGGCAUCAACGUGUCAUCCUGCUCCAUCACAGCGUUCACUAUUGAACGAUACAUUGCUAUUUGUCACUCCAUAAAGGCGCAGUUCAUAUGUACUGUUUCCCGAGCCAAGAGAAUCAUAGCUGGAGUGUGGAUUUUUACCUCGCUCUACUGCACGAUGUGGUUCUUUUUAGUGGACACAGAUGAGACCGUCUAUACCAACGGGGUGGUCGUCACCUGUGGCUACCGUGUCUCCAGAAGCCUCUACAUGCCAAUUUAUUUCCUGGACUUCACUCUGUUUUACGUGAUCCCUCUCGUUGUGGCCACUGUGCUGUAUGGGCUCAUUGCCAGGAUUUUGUUCAUGAGCCCUCUGCCUUCGCAUCUUAACGACCGAGCCGGAGGCGGGUCAGUUCACCAGGGGCACUCCAGUACCACCAACAAGGCCAACAAGGGUGCAGUCUCUGCAAGAAAACAGAUAACAAAGAUGCUGGCUGUUGUGGUCAUCCUGUUCGCUCUGCUCUGGAUGCCUUACCGAACGCUAGUAGUGGUCAACUCCUUCAUUGACCCGCCGUACCACAACACCUGGUUCCUGCUCUUCUGCCGGAUGUGCAUCUACACCAACAGUGCCAUCAACCCCAUCAUUUAUAACCUCAUGUCUCAGAAGUUUCGUGUUGCUUUUAAAAAGCUCUGCAAGUGCCACUGGGGCCACAGGGAGGCCGAGUACAAUGUGCCGAUGUAUUACAGUGUGAUGAAGAAUUCGACCCAUGAGUGCAAUGAACCGGUCACAGAGCAAGAAGAAGUCAGUUAUCACAUCACCCACAGGUCCAACAUGACAGAUGAUGAAGCUCUCAGCAUUUCUUCGUGAAAUUUCAUGAAGAAAUGAAGCGUUUCAGUGAUUGUGCGUGUUUUAUCGGUCCAUUGUUACUGGCUGUGGGUGCAUGAUAAAUUAAUUAUGACAAUGUUUAGGUUUUCUGUUAUUUGCACCUGUUAAAAAAUAACUACUGUGAAAUCAUUUUACGUGUGGUUUAAUAGUUGUGGUACUUUGUGAAACAGUAUUGUAACGCCUAUGUUGUAAAUAUCAGUAGAGUCUGUUAGCCCAAGCGUUCAUGAUCUCAGUUACCUCGCCAAAGGAGGUUAUGUGAUUGAUUCAGUUUGUUUGAUUGCAUGAUUACUCAAAAUGUUAUAAAUGGAUUUGCAUUUUACCAGAGGUGGGGCAAGGCCCAAAUGAGAAGUUAUUAACUUUUGGAAAUGCUCAAGAUCCAGGACUUUUUGGAAGGAUUCUUUAUCGCAGCUUUGGAUCAUAUCUUCAUAAAUACAUAUCGAAUUGAGUUAAGAAAAAAAAUGGGAGACACUGUCUUGAUGUUAUCAAGAAAAUAUCACAAAACAUUUUGCAGCCACAUAUCCUUCAGUGAUUCGUUUUACGCAUGAUGUGGAGGAAAUUUUUAGUCUUGGUGGAGCUAUGAAGUCUCCAGCUGCUCUUGUUACAAUGUGUGCUAAACAAAAUGUAUUCGUUCUUCCAAAUGCUUUGUUUUAAGACACACUGGGGAUUUUAUGUAAUGCAUGCUUUGAGUGCAUAGCUUGCCUCAAGACAUUGUCCAGCCUUUAUAACUAGUUGUGUCAAGAGCUCGUUCUCUACAGCUAAGCCUCUGCAAUACAUGGCUCUACAAAUGUUAAUAACAACUGCACUUCUGCUCUUAGUGUGCUGAACAGUCUGAAGUGGCCUAUACUUUGCGAUAAAUCACACUUUUUACCAACACCAAUGAUCCACACACACCACAGUCCAUUAUUUUUCUCUUUUUUCCCCACAAAGGACUACAUUUACUACAUGUAAACCAGAUAAUAUAAACAGUACAGACAACAACUGCAAAGACAGCUUAAAAUUUACUAUCUGUGGGCACUGAGCAUUUCAGACUGUGCAAGUAUAUCUUCCAUUGCAUCCUCAUUUCAACAUGACUAGAGGUCCAUAAAGCGAGAAUAUUUGAAUUCCUGCACAAGUGUUGACAACUUUCAGUGUUUCAAGUAUUACAUAGUAGCAAAAUCUUUUUUCUUUAUAUCCCAUUAACCCUCAUUGUCUCUUCCCUGAAUUUAGACGUAUAAUGCUAAAAACUAAGCAAAUCUUAUCCCCUCAUCCAUCCACCAAAAUUAUUCCAGACUACAAAGGAUUUUUUUAUGCAGGACAUGUUUGUAUCAUUACUUUUUCAGUCCUGCAGGAAA